CGCGUUCGCUUUCGUUCUUCCUGUUACAAUGGCCGAGGAAUUCAACAACCUUCCCGAAGGUUGCAUUGCCACUAUUCUCUCCUUAACAUCUCCGAGGGAUGCUUGCAGGCUUUCUCUCGUUUCAUCCACUUUCCUAUCCGCCGCUGAAUCCGACGCUGUCUGGCACAAGUUUCUGCCUUCCGAUUUCCACACCCUCCUUUCCCAAUAUCCCUCCUCAUCUUUCCCUUCCAAGAAACACCUCUAUCUCCACCUCUGCCAGAAUCCCCUCCUCAUUGAUAAUGGCAAAAAGAGCUUUCAACUGGAUAAAGUGUACGGAAAGAAAUGCUACAUGUUAUCAGCCAGGACUCUCUUCAUUGUAUGGGGAGAUACUCCCAGGUAUUGGGCUUGGACUUCUCUACCAGAUGCCAGGUUUUCUGAGGUGGCUGAGCUUGUGAGUGUGUGUUGGUUGGAAAUUCGGGGCUGGAUAAACACUGGCAUGCUGUCCCCCAAAACACUGUAUGGGGCAUACCUUGUGUUCAGGCCAAGCCCUUCAGGAAUCUACGGGUUCGAUUACCAGUCGGUUGAAGUGUCUAUUAGAAUUGCUGGAGGUGAAGUUUCCAAGCGAAUCGUUUACUUGGAUGCUGAAAGAGGACGGAGGCUAAGGUACCAGAUUGUUCCUCGCCGCAUAUUCAACCGUGCACGUUUUCUUACCAGUGUUGAGGCACCCCUAGCAGAACAUAACAGCAAUAACAAUCGUAACAACAACAGAAACAACAACAGUUUUGAUUUUCAGUAUCCAAACAUCAACAAUAACAACAUAAACAACAACAGUUUUGAUUUUCAGUAUCCAAACAUCAACGAUAACAACAGGAACAACGACAGUUUUGAUCUUCAGUAUCCAAAGGAGAGAGGAGAUGGGUGGAUGGAGGUGGAAUUGGGAGAUUUCUUCAACGAUGGGGAAGAUGACAAGGAAGUGGAAAUGGGUGCUUGUGAGAUCAAGAGUGGUGAUUGGAAGGGUGGCCUUGUUCUUCAAGGAAUCGAAAUAAGGCCUAAAACAGUACGCCAUUAGUCAAGUCUCUGUUCAUGUUUUGCUUCUCGUACAAAUGUUCUUUUCGAUUGUGUUCAAUUUUGAAGCUUCCAUUAGUAAACCAAAUUGUUGCCAUGCGAAUGAAUUGUUUGAUCUCGAUUUGGGGAUAUGUUUGUUCCUUA